AUGCAACAACCAACACCAGGUGCAUCCUCACGAUUGAUGGAUUCCGAUGCAACUAUACAACAACAAGCCGAUGAUGAUAUGAUCAUUGAUCAUUCUCGGAGAGUGGAAACAAAUUUUUCUCUCUUCGCCAUCAUUCGAUUUUUAGUUGGAUUGAUGAUGAGAAAUUCGGGAGAGGAUGCAAAUCAAUUUCGGAUUUCUUUCAGAAAACAAUUGCGUAAAUUAAGUUUUCUGUUUGUGUUGAGUUUGUUGGGAAUCAUUACUGUUUUUGCAGUGAUGAUUCCGAUGGUUUACUUCAUUGCUGGAACUAAGAAUUUUUUACCAAGUGAUUCUUAUGAUAGAGCCAAAAUAUUGGCUUCGCAAUACGUACCCUUUGUUGAGUCACACAAUGAACUACCUUACAAAAUGUUACUCAUUGAACAACGAUUGAAGAAGCCUUUCGAGCAAGUAUUCACGCUCAAUACUUUGACCACCAAAGAAUCAUUACUGGCUUUAUAUCGAAAAACCAAUCUCACCUUGAGUACUGAUAUUCCUCGAUUACGUACCGGAAAUGUGAGUGCAAUCAUUUUUUCAAUACGAGGCUUGAGCUGUGAUGAUCAGGUUGUGCCAAAUGUGUUAAAACAAGUAGAUUCCAUUCAAACUCGAAUUGUGAAAAAUUUCUACACUCACAUGAAAUUGGCUCAAAGUGAAAGUGAAAUUUGGAGUGCAUUCUAUUCGAGAAAAAUCGCCGCUCUCAUUCACAUUGAAGGUGGUCAUGCCAUUCAAAAUUCUUUAGAAAUUUUACGACAAUAUCAAAUGUUGGGAGUAAGGAGCAUGUCCCUUACUUCGUCACAUUGUCCAAAUAAUUGGGCACAAUCAUCAUCGGCCCUCCCAGGAGGUUAUACUAAUGGCCUGAGCAAAUUUGGUGAAUCAGUUCUGUAUGAACUCAACAAGCUCGGAAUAGUGAUCGAUUUAUCGCACUCGAGUGCAAAAACCAUGACCCAUGUAUUGACCUAUUCAUAUGCUCCAGUGAUUAUUGGAAAUGGUGGAGUCAAGAGCCUAUGCAAUCAUCCAGAUAACAUUGAUGACGAUAUCAUUCUUUUGGUCAAAGAAAAUCAAGGCAUUGUUCAAAUUCCUUACAGCCCAUUGCAGCUCAAUAGUGAUGAAUGGAAAUUCUACAAUGGCUUGUCGAAUCAACAUGGUGGCACAAUGCUUUCACAUGACGAGAAAAUUCAAUUAAUGAUACAUGCACAACUUUCAAACAUGACCAGCACUCGAUCCACCAUUGAUAUCAUUGUAAGGCAUGUCGAUUAUGUGAAAACAUUAACUCAAAGUUGUGACCACGUUGCGCUCGGAUCUGCUGGAUUCGAUGGUGACUCCCCACUCUUUGUGAAAGGGGUGGAAUCUCCUGCCAAUCACAUGUCUGUGGUUGCAGCUCUCAUACAGAAAGGUUACACCACCGAAUGUGUGACAAAAAUUAUGGGAGGAAAUUUCCUUCGAGUCAUGAAAAGAGUUGAGGCAGUAUCGAAAUCUCUCGGUAAUACAAGUCAGUCGAGCACCAGCACUGCCCACUAG